AUGCCGAAGCUGGCACCUUCUCGCAUAUUACUCCCCAAUCAGCUUCAGCUGAGGGGUUCAGUCUCGGCCCGGCGAUCGUUUGGUUCAUAUUCGCAACACCAACUAGCGCAGCCCCGGCAUGGUCUUCUCAAUGAACCCUGGCUUCCGCCGCCUACAAUCCCCUCAUUACCAUUCGCAUACUUCACUCCGACAAGGGUAAGACGAGAAGUGGGACUAGACGGGGGACAACCUCGGAGAGACGACCACAAACCACCCGACGAAAGAACCCUGAAGCUUGGAAAGACCCUACGAACCCUCUCACCUCUCCUACCAACCAUUCUCUACAACACCCUACCAAGCAACAUUCUCUCCCCGAGCGUCAACCUCCACCUCUUCCCCUCCACCCACCCUCAUCUUCCAAUCGUCAAAGGCCGCACUCUCUACCGCGCAGCCCUAUGGACCGUCCCCGUAGCCUGGAGCAGCGUCCCACUAGUCGGGAAUGUGAAGCUACAAAUCCUCAGCGAAAGGAUCGUCCGAUCCGGCACCCUCCUGGACCCCACCCAUGCCGGCCAGCACCACGACUGCGGCGACGAGCGGCUAAUAGUGCGCUGGAAGACUGAGCCGCGCUCCGACAGCCGGCCCUUCCACGGCCCGACGUCGUCCAGCACCGCCCCCCAACCCCCCAACAACGCCUCCGGCUCGUCGAAAGGCACGAACAAGGGCCUGAGCGUGCUGCUUGGCGGGGACGAGCCGAUCUUCAAACUCUCGAAGGAGGAGCAGUUUGCUGGGUUGUUCAUUUUCUCGUUCGACGAGGAGGGCCGCGUCUUGACGCAUACUAUUGAGCAUGCUGAUGAGGCGGAUGGGUGGGAUCGUACGGCGAAGUUCGUUACCUUGACGGAUUGGCUUAUCGGGAAGGCUCGUGGCUCGCUGGAUCCUAAUCCUGAGCUUGCUAUGGAGUCCUGCCAGAAUCAGUUUGCGCGGCCGAGAUCAUGA